UGCACUGCACUGCACUGCUGACGGUCCAUCAUCCUUCCGCGACUUUGCUGUUUUGCAUCGGGUGUUGCGAACAAAAGUGCCACCACCAAGGAGCCCGCGUCGGACCUGACAAGCGCGAGCAUUCACCUCGUGCACGCAAACCAGGUCUUUGUGUUUUGGCGCGCUUUUGCCCGAAGUGCUUCAUAUCUCGCCGGUGUCUCCUCUUCCUCGUCUUGUGUCGUCGCCAUGGCGGAUGAACAAGAGCACCAAGCAAAGCGCCCACGCCUGGAACAGGAAGAUGAGCCUGGCGCUGUAGAUGUGGCUGCUUCAGCAACAGCCACCACCGCCACCACCACCGCCACGACGGAAACGGUGGUGAGCCAGGAAGCAGCCACUGCGGCCACCACAGUUGCGGAGACGACAACAGCGCAAGUUUCCACAACCACCACCACCACCACCACAGAAGUCGCUGCAACAGCCCCUGCCGAGCCUGCCACAACAGCAACAACGACGACGACGGUGGCGGGUGCACCAGCAACGCAGGCCCCGCCAGUGCAGGAGCAGCCAACUGCUUCCACGGCCGCUGCACCGGAAGCGAUGGCCAGCAGGGAUGCAGCCCCGGCAAACAAGCCGCCCACAACUGAGGCAGCGCCUGGCUCCACAAACGGCAAUGGAGCUGCCCCUGUCGUUGCGCAGGUACCAGCGGCAACGCAGAAUCAAGAACCUUCACCGCCACUGCCACCACCGGCGCAAGCAGAGCAAGCCAAGGUGCCCGACGCUGCAUCCACAACCAGGGCUGCUCCUGCUGGCCAAGAAGCGCCUGUUGACGCGAAUGUAACGGCACCAACGAAUGUUACGGCACCAACGAAUGUUACGGCACCAGCGCCCACAAAGCAGCAGCAGCAGCAGCAGCAGCCACAGGAACAGCCACUGGCUCAUGCAGCCCCACCAGCUCCUCCCACCACAGCGAGCGGCGCUGAGAGUGCAGCAGCAGCACCACCACCACCACCACUGCCAUCAUCGUCAGCACCACCAGCACCAACAUCAGCACCGACAGAGACAGCGGCGGACGUGAAGAAGGAGGAAGUGGAGGAUGUCAGUGCGCAGCUGGAGGGCAUCCAUCCCGACCGCCUCAAGGCCAUCCUGGGCCAAGAAGGCGGCAGUGGCGGCAGCGCCGCCCGUGGUCGCGGUCGUGGUCGCGGUCGUGGUGGUGCAAUGGGCGCACCCGCCUCUGCGCCCCGCGGAGGCGAUGACCACAAGAGCGACCAGAUUCCACAGCGGAAAGGGAAGCCCAUGCGCGAUCCAGAGCCGAUCAACUUGCCAGACACGUGGGCCAAGUUCAGCCCAACACACAAGCACCUUCAUGCUUUCAUCGGCAACCACGAAUCUUCUAAAGGCAAGUUUGUGGAGCCCAUCCCUGGCCGCGGAUUCCGCUGGCUGUGGACCGGGGCCCGCCUCUCCCUGGGCAUCUUUGGUGGCGGUACGCGUUACCACUACAAGACGCUUGUCAAAGACCUGCCUGCAAACUCCGUCAAGGCUGGCCCUGUGGACGUGCGCGUGGGCCUCAGCUUCGAGCGCGCAAACCUCCUUGUUGGCGACGACACCUUUGGCUGGGCAUACUGCAGCAGCGGCUCGAAGAUUCACAAUGGAGAGCGAGUCAAGUACGGGACGCCGUACCAUACCAACGACGAGAUUGAGUGUCGCCUGGAUGUGGUGACGACCACGUGCCCGCUCGUGCCCAGCGUCAACCGCGAGGGCCAGCCGCCACUCCUCGUCAUCUCCUUUUACAAGAACGGCGACUUUCAAGGGGUGGCGUACCAGCUUGACGCCAGCACCGUGCCCGCAGCCGUCUUUGGGCACGUUGCCCUGCGCAACUGUCGCGUGCUCGCCAUCAACGAAGUCAACCACCCAGACCCGUCUGUCGGCUUCCUCGUUGGCCUGCCCGGCUCAGGCAAGACGGAGUGGCUGAGCAGCUUUCUCCAGGCACAGCAGAGCACCGGCACAGACAACUUUUACGUGUUGAGCACAGAGGCCAUCAUCCAAGAGCUUGCCCACAAUGACCCAGACUUGCCCGAGUACAACUACCGCGAGUCCUGGCUUCGCUACUGCCGCACCUCCAGCGCCAUGUUCAGGCACCUGAUUCCGCUUGCCGCGCAGGAGCGGCGGUUCUUCAUUGUGGACCAGACCAACACCUCCCGCUUUGCCCGGCAGCGCAAGAUGCAGCCCUUCAAGGACUCGGAGAUUCCCUUCAAGAUCCGCGCCAUGCUGUUUCUGCGCACCGCCGAGGACAUUGCAGGCACGCUGCAGGCCAAGGAAAACGCAGGCAAGCUCAUUCCAAAGGCGGCCGUGCUGCACAUGAUGAAGAACUUCAUCCCGCCAGACGCCUCCGAGGGCUUCCUGGAGGUGACGUGCCUCCCCAACGAGGACAUCAAGCCCGCCGUUGGCCAGAGCUACCAGCACUUUACCGAGCAGCACAAGGAGCUCAUUGAGCAGUACGAGAAGGAGCAGGAGGAGAUGCGCGCCAUGCGCAGGGCCCGCAGGGAGAAGAUACUCCUUGGCCGCACCCGAGGCGGCGGCGGUCGCGGCGGUCGCGGCCGGGGAAGAGGCCGUGGUCGCGGCCGUGGGUUUGGUGGCGACCGUGAUCGUGAUCGUGGCCGUGGGCGCGGGCGCGGGCGUGGGCGUGGCCGUGGCGGUCCCAUGAGCCGGGGCCGAGGCGGUGACUUUUGGCGGUCGUGGUCGCGGCCGUGUCGCAGUGGCGGCAGGGGCGGCAGAGGCGGCGAUCGGGGUGGUGGUGGUCGGGGUGGCCGUGGUGGUGGACGCGGUGGGGGCCGUGGACGCCGCCCGCCAGAGCCCGAGCGGUUUGCCACGCCACAGGAACGCGAUGCGGCCAUUGUGAAGCAGGUUGAGUUCUACUUUGGCGACGAGAACCUGCCUCAGGACAAGUUCCUGCAGGACAAGCUGCGGCUCGGCAAUGACUGGCUCGAUGUCGGCGUCAUCUUCGACUUUCCAAAAGUGCAGGCAAAGACCACCAGCAUGGACACCUUUUUGGCUGCCCUGCGCACCUCCCGUCUCAUCCGCCUCAGUGAUGAUGGUCGGCGCAUGCAGCGUGCCGUUCCCCUGCCAGCAGCGCUCCAGCAGCGCGCCAUGGAGACCAGAGAGCAGAACAGGGGCUUCUCCGAGCGCCCGCGCGGCCGUGGGCGCGGCAGGGGCCGAGGAGGUGGCCGCGGCCGAGGUGGCGGCCGAGGUGGCGGCCGCGGUGGGCCUCGUGGUGCCCCUCGCGGCGGGUCUCGUGGUGGGCGCGGCUUCGGGCGCGGGCGUGGCGGCCACGGCCCAGAGCACCGCAGCAGGAGCAGGGAUCGCGAUCGCGGCCGCGGCGGUUAUGAGCGCAGCAGCCGCGGCCGGGACCGCAGCAGCGGCAGCGUGGAUCGGCGCCGAAGCGCGGAUCGCCGCAGCAUGGACCGCGGUUACGACCGCCGCCGCCCCAGCACCGCAGACGGCUCCUACAGGCGAUCGAGCGCGGGCCGCGACGGCGAGCUGCCCCCAAAGAUGAGGCGCACAGACAGCUCCAGGGACGUGAGGGGCAGGUACUGA